AUGACACAUUUAUUGUCAUUCACUUCAGAGCCAUCAAAGCCGUCUGAUUGGACCGAGUCCAAAUUGGAUGUACACAUGUUCACAGGGUUGUCGGUCAUCACUAACGGCCCUCGGUCGACGGCUCAUUUCGCCAAGGCCUCCUCCUCCCUGCUCUUCGCCUUGCCGUCGCCGUUGCCAUCGCCGAGGCAACCACCUCUGUCGAUUGCCCCACUCGGUGUUUCGCUUAACUACUUGUCAUGUCCUGCCUGGGCUGGGGUUGCUGGCUCAUUUGGCCGGCAGAAGACACUGUCGUCAUCGCCAACCCUCAAGCCUAUCCAACGUAUCAAUUACCCCAAAACCCCAACACUUCACAUUGCUUCACCUCUCCCUGUUCUACUGGCUGUAAUGCUGUUAGGGUGA